CCUUCCCGUUUCCCUUCACCAAACGAAUUCAACACCUCUCAUUUCCAAAACUCAGAAACUGAGUAGGGUUCCGGAAAACAAACGUUAAAAUCCACGAAUCCGAAAUGGGUAUUUGUAGUUCAUGCGAGUCAACUCAUGUCGCAACAGCCAAGCUGAUCCUCCAAGAUGGGAGGUUACAGGAGUUCCCUUACCCUGUUAAGGCUUCCUAUGUCUUACAAAGGAAUCCCAUGUGUUUUAUCUGCAACUCAGAUGAAAUGGACUUUGACGAUGUCGCAUCGGCUAUUCAGGAAGAUGAGGAGCUCCAACCUGGUCAACUUUACUUUGCUUUGCCAUUGAGUUGGCUUCAACAUCCUUUACAAGCUGAAGAAAUGGCCGCAUUGGCCGUCAAAGCUAGCUCUGCUUUAAUGAAAAGUGGGGGUGAAAAGUGUGGGUGCAGACGUAAAACUGUUACUCCUUUAGUGUUUCCAGAAGAGUCUCCUCGCCGGAAAGAUGCCGGCGGCAACGGUGCUGGGAACGGUGGUGAGAAGAGAGGGAGAGGAGGUAGAUGGAGGAGAAAGUUUGAGGCUAUGUUGAGUGCCAUUCCUGAAUAGUGGGGGGUUAAUUUGGGAAACGAGGUGUGGUAUAUUUGUAAAUAUGUAACCAUCUUGAGGACGUGUUAGUCAAAUUAUUGUUUGAAACGGGAGGUGGUUGACCCUCACCGUGGAUGCGAUUAGCUUUAAGCUCAGAAUUCUAGCCUUUUCCUUGCAUUCCCCAUUUGCCCAUGUGAGCGUCGUGUUACAAUUUUACCCCUAUUUGGGUCAAUACACAAUAUUCAAACAUUA